GGGAGGUCAGGGAGGGGCUGCUCCCUUCCUGUGAGGCCGCAGAUGAGGAACCCGUGACGUCUCCCCGCUCAUCUCCAGCCGGACUCUGGGCCUGUGGCCCUCACAGCUGCUCUGCUCCACAGGGACCAUGGGUGGCGGGGCUCAGACCCCAGCCCUCACUGCCCUCCUCUGCCUGGGGACCCUCCCCAAGCCCUCCAUCUGGGCCGACCCAGGCCCCCUGGUCGCCGUGGGGAGCGCUGUGACCCUCUGGUGCCAGGGGUCUCUGCAGGCUGAGGUGUAUCGUGUGUAUAAAGAGGGCAGCCCUCUGCCCUGGAAGUGCGGGCUCAGCAGGACUCAAGACACAAGGCUGACUUCCCCAUCACCAUGCGCCCUCCCUGUCAGCCCAGCCAAGCCUCAUGGUGGCAUCAGGGGGAACGUGUCCCUCUCCUGUCGCUCAGAGUAUGACGAUGCCUGCACUGUCCAUCUGCUGAAGGAGGGCGGAGCCGGCCCCCUGCACAGCCUGGAAGCCAGGUUCUCCCAUGUGGCUGGGGUGUGGCAAGCCACCUUCCUCCUGGGCCCUGUCAACAGCACCCAGGGGGGCAUCUACAGGUGCUACUGCGCUCACACCAGCCAGCCCCAUGUGUGGUCACUGCCCAGUGAGCCCCUGGAGUUCCAGGUCACAGGAGGCGAUGGACACCUUUCUCCUGCACAAAGUGGGCUCAGGCACCCUCCCCAGCGCCUGCAUGUCCCGGGCUCGGCCACGGCUGCUCAGGCCACCUUCAUGCUGGUUCCUGUGACCUCGGCCCACGGGGGCACCUACAGGUGCUACAGCGCCCACAGCACCGACCCCUACCUGUGGUCAUGGCCCAGGGACCCCCUGCAGCUCGAGGUGUCAGCCCCAGCGCCCGAGGACCACACCAUGGAGAACCUCAUCCGCAUGGGCGUGGUGGGCUUGGUCCUGUUGGGCCUCGGGCUUCUGCUGGCGGAGGCCUGGUACAGCCACAAGAGGACCCGGGCUGCAGGCCGGCGGUGACCUGGAGAGAGGACAGCCCUGGGUCAGAGAAGCCACGCCCUAAGGGGCAGGGACGGGGGGAUUCUGUGGGCACAGUGGGGAACCGUCCCCCACGGUGUGGGUGCUGGGAGCUGUCUGGGGGCAUCAGGGGCUCUUCCUCCAUUCAGCUGUGGAAUUCUGCCCUGUGGCUGUGCCCUGUCCCGCCUGGCUCUCCGGUGGGACAGCGCCACCUGCAGGCCGCAUGUGGACCCGCACCGGCCUCCCGCCUUGCCCCGCCCUCAGGGAGCCUUUUGCUCUGUUUCUGAUGAAUGCAGUUCCCAGUGCGCAUGCGUGAGAAUCCGCGUUUCCAGCCAAGAACACGGAGCUUGCGCCAAGUAACAGAAUAAACGAGCGAAAUCGGAUUUCAGGGUGGGCGAGGUCCAUCCCACACGGGACGCUCACAGCCUCUCAGGCCCCGAGGCCUUCCCUGGGCUUGGGACGCCUUGCGUGUGGGGGCUCAGAAGGGUCACAUGGGAACCGGUGCCCAGGAGUCUGACGGGCCGGUGUCUGGGCACUGCUUAGCGGCCGCUCUGAAACAAGCAUGCUUUCUGUGGGGGUGCCGCUAGCCGUCAUACGGCCACCCUCCAGGAGCCCCUGUGAGGUCUGUGAUGCGGGCUGGGAAGAGACGCCCCAGCUGCCUUCCGGGUGCCGGGGGCUCCUCCGUCACAGCCCCGCUGUGCACCUCGGGUUCCUGCUGCGUAGUGAUAUGCAGGGAAGCAGAACUCCAAACUCCAUGGAAGCCAAGCAGUUACUUAGGGCAAAGGGGGACUGGAGCAGCUUAGUCAGUGUGGGGCAUGUGAUUGGAGGGAUGACAAUGGAGCUAGAAGAGUUCAUGUGGGGCCGGCACUGUACACGCCACAUUAAAUCCCCAGCCUGCAGGGCCAACACCCCAUAAGGGCGUGGGUUUGAGUCCCAGCUGCUUCACUUCUGCUCUAGCUCCCUGCUAAUGCACCUGGGAAAGCAGCAGAAGGUGGUCCAAGUCCCUGGUCCCCUGCACCCACACGGGAGAUGGGGAAGACGAUCCUGCUCAUGGCAUAGACCUGGCUCAGGCCUUUGUGGCCAUUUGGGGAGUGAACCAGCAGAUGGAAGACUUUCUCUCUCUCUCUCUCUCUCUCUCUCUCUCUCUGUCUCUGUCUUGGUCUC